UUUUUUUUUUUUUUUGUCUUUUGAAAAUUGAUAAAUCAGAAAUAUACCCUUGAACAAGAUGCUUGCUACCAAAAUAUGCAAGAAUUCUAAACAAUUAGAGAACAAACAUGGAGCUAUGGUUUGUGAUUGCUGUAACAACAUGCAUUGCAGCCUUAAUACUCACUUACCUAUCCUUAAACCUGAAACUGAAAUCGAAAAAAUGGCCCCCAGGACCCCAAUAUGUGCCAAUUAUUACCAUGAUUAUAUGGUUAAGAAGAUCAUUUGCAGAAUCACAAACAGCCCUUAGAGCACUUACCUCAAAGUUCGGUCCAAUUGUCACGCUCUCAUCAAAUCCUUCACGCCCUGUGAUAUUCAUAUUCAAUCGCGCUUUAGCCUACCAAGCUCUAGUUCAGAAGGGGGCCUUAUUUGCUGAUCGACCUGAGCCACUUCUUAUUCCUAAGAUACUUAGCAGUAACCAGCAUACCAUCACCUUAGCAGGUUAUGGGCCUUUGUGGCGCAUCCUUCGUCGCAACCUAACAUCACAUAUCCUCCACCCUUCUCGAGUCAAGGACUUCUGCUUGGCUCGUAAGUGGGUCCUUGACAUCCUCCUUGAUCGUCUCAGGGUUGCUAGUGCUAGCUCAGGCUCAGAUUCGGGUGUGGUGAAAGUGAUGGAUCACUUUCGGUUUUCUAUGUUUCAUUUACUUGUAGUCAUGUGUUUUGGGGAUAAGAUGGAAGAAUCUCAGAUCAAAGAGAUUGAAGCUGUACUUCAGAAGUUAUUGACUUCCUUGCUUUCUCGCUUUCGAGUACUUAAUUUCAGGCAAGCUUGGUUGACAAGGAUUUUGUUUCGAAAACGCUGGAAUGAGUUCUUUAACUUGAAGUAUAAACAGGAAGAGGUGCUUAUCCCUUACAUCAGAGCACGGCAGCAGCAGCAUCAGAAUGCCGAAACUGCAGAUGAUAAAAGCGAAAGUACAACGCUAAGUACUUGUUAUGUGGAUAAUUUGCUGAGACUAGAAAUCCCAUCUAGUAAUGAGGACUCUACAGCAGGAACAAGAAAGCUGACAGAAGAAGAAUUAGUGUCUCUUUGUUUUGAAUUCCUUAAUGCAGGAACUGAUACAACCUCGACGACUUUGGAAUGGAUAAUGGCAAACCUUGUAAGGCAUCCAAACAUCCAAACUAAGCUCUUUGAAGAAAUCAGAGGAGUCAUAGGAGAAGAAGCAGAGGAAGUUCCGGAAGUUGCACUUUCGAAAAUGCCUUAUCUCAAGGCUGUAGUAUUAGAGGGACUAAGACGGCAUCCCCCAAGUCACUUUGUCUUGCCUCAUGGGGUGACACAAGAGGUGGAAUUAGGUGGUUACACUAUACCGAGAAAUGCAUCCUUAAAUUUUGCUGUUGCUGAGAUAGGUAAGGAUUCUGAGGUGUGGGAUGAUCCCUUACAGUUCAAGCCUGAGAGAUUCAUGGGGAUGGUCAUGGACCGCGAUAUAGAUCAUGAAGAGUUUGAUAUCACAGGAUUUGGAAGCCUCGAAUUAAAGAUGAUGCCCUUCGGUGCAGGAAGAAGGAUUUGUCCUGGCCGCGGAUUAGCCCUGCUUCAUUUGGAGUACUUUGUAGCUAAUCUGAUAUGGAAAUUUGAAUGGACUGCUGUAGAUGGAAAUGAAGUGGAUUUAUCUGAGAAGCAAGAGUUUACCAUUGUAAUGAAGAAUCCACUUCAUGCACAAAUUUCUCCUAGGAAAAUUAAGUAAAGCAGCCCUUUUGUUUAUAUUGGUCCAAAAUUCCUCUGAUUCAGAGCUACAUUAUAUUAUACUUCAUACUAGUUCAAUCUCUCAACCUACUUGGUUGUUAAAAAUGACCCAAAUUUUCUAUUUGCAUCUCGGAAAAAAAAUAAGUACUUCUGUGUUCUGAAUAAUACUCCUGGCCUCCAUUUUCUUA